UUUUGAUGUGGAGCCUCCCGGAACUCAUCCCUGCCUGGCUACAGCAGCCUGCUUCACUGACGCCUCCGUCAUAUCCUGGAAACAGUGACUUCUGCACAGAGAAGGACCAAUCAGAGCUUCUUCCUGUCGUCCCACAGCUUCUUCCUGUCCCGUGUCAGGUCAUAAUGCUGUGUGUGAGAGGGCUUCAGAGGCUAAAGGCUGCCUUGUAUCUCCACAGGAACGCCGCGUACAGGAGCCUCACAUCAGCUGAAGUCCUGCAGAAAGAGGACCCUAUUUUAAAUGCGGAGAGGUCAACCAAGGAGUCCCAGAAAGGCUGCGUGCUCUGCAGCAUCACUGUGGACUUUAAAAACAUCCAGCUGCUGUCUCAGUUCAUCUCUCCUCACACAGGCAGGAUUUAUGGCCGACACAUCACAGGAUUAUGUGGAAAAAAACAGAAGGAGGUCUCUAAAGCCAUAAAGAAGGCUCACUCACUGGGUUUCAUGUCGGUGACCCACAAACAUCCUCAGUUCAUGAAGGAUCCCAGAAUCUGUGGCAUCAAACAUCUGGAUUAGAGGAUCAGUGUGUGCUGACUGCUCUCACCCUGGAAACUUACUUCUUUUCUUCAUGCAGACUUUAGAACCCAACUUCAUUUGUAAUAAACUUGAAAAUGUCCAACA